AUGCUUGGCUUAGAUGAGUUCAUUGCUCAAGCUUGUGAAGUUGAUCAUACUGGAGAGGCGUCCAAGGGCUUCUAUGAAAGAAGGGGGUUGGAUUCAUCCCCCGGUACGGAUGGGGCUGUCCUGAGGAACGACAAAGGGAAGUUUAUUGCGGGGGGGAAUCAAUUGGUGGAUUCAGGUGUUCCUUUCACCAAUGUCUCGGGGAGCCGCCAUCUCACACAUCCCGCCUUCCUGCCCAACCGCCGGCAGGUCAAGAUCAUGGACUGCUGUAACGGCCUCCUUCUCUGCUCCUCAUACGUUGCCGGCGACCAUGGCGACGUGUUCCGGUACAUUGUGUGCAAUCCCGCCACAGAGGAAUGGGCUGAGUUCCCGUACUGCGGCUAUUCCGGCCUGGUGGCUAAUGCACGCUUGUGUUUUGAUCCAGCCGUGUCCCCUCAUUUCCAUGUGUUUUUGUUGCCGGUGGCGGAUAUCUGCAUUACCGGAGUGCAUGUCUAUUCAUCUGAAACCGGGAGUUGGGUUCAUAAGGAGAAGAGAUGGAGCGGCACUAUUGAUGUCGCUAAUGAUCGGUCAACUGUUUAUCUUAAUGGUUAUCUGCAUUUCUGUGCCAUUGUUGAUGGUUCUGACGGUCGUCUAGCUGCAGUGGACAAGGAGGGGGGAGCAAGGACUAACUUCCGUGUUCCUGAUGGUCUGGAUGUUGGUUUUAUUCAGCUGUCACAGGGCUGCCUGCAUUAUGCUGGUUUUGACACAGAUGAUGAUAAUGUUGUUCGACUGCUAGUUUAUGUUCUUAAAGACUAUGACCGCAAAGAAUGGAUACUGAAGCAUAGCGUCGAAACUUCGCAUUUGCUUGGAGGGCGACACAUAGAAUACCUUGAUGAGGACUUUGAUUGGAUUGCAAUUCAUCCAGAAUGUGACUUGAUCUUCUUCGCUGUGGCCCAGGAGGAUAUCACAUUCAUGUGCUAUGAUAUGGAUAGUGGACAAGUUAAAGUGAUGUGCAAUCUUGAAGAUAGCAACCAGGCAUAUUUUCCGUAUGUGCCACUAUAUGAAGAGUUACAAUCGUUGCACAAGUGA